AUGUACAGUAUUCCACUCCAUCUUCUAAUAUUAAUACCAUAUAUUCUAUGUUUAAAUUCAGAUAAGUUCAUUUCGAAAAGGUUUAAAAAUUAUAUUGGUACAAAAUAUUUGCUAAAUAAUAAUAAACCUCAAUUACCUCAUUCAUUUAAGGAUUCUUUUCUAUUCACUUCUUCCAAUAAUUUAAUUCAUUUUAAUUCUCAUAGAAUAAUAACUUAUAUUUUUAGUCAUAAACACAUAUUAAACAAUGAACGGUUUAUCCGUUCCAUUCCCCCCCUUGGUUUUUCCCCUACUUGUUCUAUUUCUUAUUUAAAUCAAUCCAACAGGACCCAUGAAAUCAUUCAGAAAUUGAAGGAGGAAGCCCCUAACGCUAGUUUAUUUGAUAUAUGGAACAACUUUUGCUAUUCUGGUUGGUUUAAAUAUAGUACAAUUCUAACAGGUCGUAUACGCAAGGGGGUUUUAAGUGGCAAACAGUUUCCCUCCAAAAAUAUUAUGAGACCUAAUUAUUUCAAGACAGGAAAGCCGAUUUACGUUGAUUACCCCUACUGUAAUAGAGAUUCCAAAGAUAUUCGAGGUACAAUUAAAAAUGAUAAAGAUGUCGCUGGAAUUAAAAAGGCAUGUAGAAUCGCUAGAGAAAUACUGGAUUACGUAUCAUCAAUAGUGGUUGAGGGCAUUUUCACAGACGAUAUUGAUCGUUUUGUACAUAAACUUUGCGGAAUUAAGAAAGUUUUCCCAGCCACACUAAAUUACCAUGGUUUCCCAAAAUCAGUAUGUACAUCUAUCAACGAAGUGGCAUGCCAUGGGAUACCCGACAACAACUUAUUAUGCGCAGGAGAUCUUUUGAAGGUGGACCUAACUGUAUAUUCUGAUGGAUACUUUGGAGACGUGUGUGAGACUUACAUGGUUAUGCCCAUGACCAAAGAAUAUAACAAGAAACUAUUGCAGACCAAUUAUAUGGGUCGAUCUGAGAGAAACAAGUUAAUUUAUACUUCUGUUAGACAUAAUAAUCUACAAGGAUGUGAAAUAUCUAUAAUUAAACAGACAUCGUUCAUCAAUGGUUUUAACAAUGCAAUUAAGAGGUUCGAUCUUGAAAACACUUUUAAUCUUUUAUAUUUAAUCUUAAAGGGUGAAGACAAAAGGUUCAACUUUUCUCAGGACAAAAACAUGUCCAAACUUGCCAAAAAAUUGAAUGAAGAGUUCAAAGCUGUUUAUGAAAACCCUGAAGAAACUUAUAGUGGUCGUGUUUUUGGUAUGCCAUCUUCAGAAUUACCAGGUUAUAUACCUCACCAUAAACUCGGCAAAGUUUUCGCCACUGUAGAAAAUCCACAAAUCGUUGUGGAUCUUCUCGACCAAAACGAUGAACUCAGAUUUAAAAAGCCUUAUACCUUUUCUCCCUCGUUUGAUAGUGAUCUUGAGCUGAUGAAAAUUUGUCACGAGGCUCUCAUGAAGGCUAUAUCCAUUUGUAAACCUGGAACCAAGAUUAAAAUGAUAGGUAAAACAAUUGAAAAAUACCUAAAGAAAAAUAAAUGUAUAUCCUUGUCCAAUCUGUGUGGUCACGGAAUAGGUAGAAACUUUCAUGAAAACCCUAUUAUCUCUCAUGAAGAAAACGAUAGCGAGGUACUUAUGGAACCUGGGAUGGUCUUCACUAUUGAGCCAAUCGUAACCAGGUCAGGUCUCAACUCUUUCAUGAUGUGGCCUGAUGGAUGGACUAUAGCAACAUUGGAUGGUUCAAAGACAGCUCAAUUCGAGCAUACUGUACUAAUCACCAAGGAUGGGCAUGAAAUCUUGACAAAAAAAAUCACAUCAUCACCUCAAUUUAUAUGGGAGAGAGAGUUAGAAGUGGUUUAUUGA